AACAAUGCUUAGCCAGACACCGCAUUUUGCUCAUCUUCGUAGUUGCGAUUUGUUAUAUUUUGGGAAAAGAUUUAUAAUUAAAUAUUUAACGUGACUGGAACGUGCGCAAUAAGUAAUAUGCGAGUAGCAAUAGUUCUACUGGUUUUCCUCUUCGGUUAUACCAACGCAAAGACGAUAAAGACAAACAGUAAACGCGCCAGCAUUGGUUAUACAAAGGAGGAAAUAGAGGGAUACCAAGGAUACGCGGAACUAGAGAAGGCAGCUAUACUUCGAGCCACUGUGGUUGACAAGGGCUAUAGCUCAGCAAGUGGUCUACGAUCAAUCGCUCAAGGUUCGGCUGAUCGAGCCAACUCAGCAGUAGUAAAACAGCAUGCAGCCGCAUUCCAAGCAGCGUAUCUUGUUCAGUCAACCCUUGCCCAAUCUGCCCUUCAGGCCGCGGCAACUGCUAAUGCUGCACUGGUAGGCAAAGAAGUCCUUGUGGAAAAUUUGGAAAAGCAAAAUUUGGAUGCGAUCAGCCGCUUCGAAAAUGAAGCAGCUCAACUGGAAUUGGUUAAAAAAUCGGUCGAAUUAACUAAAGCUGCCGCUGCUCAGGCUGCAGGUCAUGUUGCAACCCUUACAGCUGCCCUGAAUAGUGCCCAACAAGCCGCUGAGAAAGCUGAGCAAGCAGCUCAUGAUGCUGAAGCUGAACUUGCUAGCCAGACUGAGAUGGUUGGAAAGGCUAAAGGUCAUCUGAGUUUGAUAGUCAACAAACUUGCAGAGGCUCAGGUUGAUUUUGAGGCGACGAAGGAAGCAGCAGCGAAAGCCACUGCCGCCGCGGAGAAGGCUCAACGUAAUGCCAAUUCGGCUGCUCUUCAAGCGUCCGCUGAGUUGCACGAAGUUGCUGGUACUACGCAAAAUGCGGUAGUUCUCCAACAUGACUGAAGUAAUGGAAGGAAAAGGCUAUUAUUGUUAAUGUGCCUGUUAGGGCGAAUAUGUUAAUGAAUAUUUAUGUCUAGCGUGUAGAAAAUAUAAUUAUUGGAGUUUG